GUUGAAUAUUUCUUUUUCGAUAUGGCCACCGAAAGGUUUUAUCGAAAACAAAAUUAAAGAACGAAAAAUCUACACGGACGGAAUUACUGAGAGUGACCAUCGUGCAUUGGUAAUUUGAAAACGUGGUGAGAAUUUUUCAUAGACGUGGGUCAACCAUGCAAAACUUUGACGAUCUCGACAUAGAGGGACGCAAUCCCUCUCAUUUAUCAGAAGCAGAUAAAGAGAAGGAAGAAUAUGAUCGAAAGCGUUUAAUGAGGAGCAGUGUCACUGCUGAAGAUGGCACGCUCAGACCUGUGUAUUCUGAAACAGAAGAUGGUGAUAUAUGGUGUCAUAUAUGUAAUAUUGCUCUGUUUGGAGCUCAUAAGUUACUAAAUCAUAAUAUGUGUAAUCGUCACAAAAUGAAAUUAAAUGAAUGGCCAUAUCCAGUUUUAUUAUGGUCCAAACGUUCAGAUAUUGUGAAAACAGCUCCACCUGUACAGUCAACUGCCAUUGGUGAUGGUCUGGCCCCUGGAGAACCAGUACCACCUGGCAUGGAAGAUCAAAUAACUAGAACAACAACGAUUCAGAUGAGUCUGGAUCGACACAGAAGUUCUCCACUCGUUGGUCUUGAAUAUCUGCUUGAACUGGUUGAUAAUGAUUCUUGUGAACCCAGUUAUACAUGUGUUUUGUGUGAUAAACGAGGUGAUCCUCGCACUGUUAUGGCUCACAUUACCAGUUAUAACCACAGAAUAACUUAUCUAAAUAGACAUUUCCCAACAAUAUCGCGAGCAAUUACGGAAUUACCGCGUACUCCGAAUUAUAAGCGUGGAGCUAAUGAAAUAUCUGUGUUAGUGGCUAAGAAGAUUGAAGAGCGAUUUGGAAGAUUACAACCGCAGUUGGUAGACAAGAAUCAAUUUGAAAAGAAUAAAAUGCAAUAUAUCAAACGGGUCUAUCAGGAUUACCACUUUAGGGAAACGCCAGAGUUAACAUUUAUGGAUGUUUACGAUGUGCGAUGGGUAACAAACUUUGAAGAGAAGAUGGCAGAAAUGACUGGUAAUAGUAGUACAAAGAAAGAUUCUCAACCUAUCGAUGAGAAGCAAGACGAUAAACAUAAAAGUGAAGACAAGAAAAAUGAAAAAUCAUCACCGAAGAAAACAGAUUCAAAGACAGAUACUACAAAAUCGGGUUUCAAGAUUCGUAUUCUCACGAGGGAUAAAUUAAAUAUCCGUAAACCCCUAGAUAAAGACGAAGAAAACGUGAAAAAGUCCCCCAAACGUCCCUCUGACGAAACAAAAUCUCUCUCGUCACUUUCAAGCAUAUCGAGUAGCCCAUCGCCAUCGCGUUCGAGGUCACGAUCACCUAUCCGUAGUCGUAAGGCCAGUUCAGUAGAUAAGAGUGGUAAAUAUCGUAGUAAAUCGCGAUAUUCGCGGGAUCGUACCCGUUCUCGUACUCGUUCGCGUUCACGUUCUCCGGAACCACUUAGAGAGCGAGAUAAAUGGGAUAAAUAUCGAGAACAAAUUCGACGCGCCGAAGAAACACUUGAUCGCGCGUUAAAGUUUCAUGAGAAAAAUCCAGAAAAGCAUCCGUCUUAUCCUGACGAAUGGAAAAAGUUUUGGAACAGACGGUAUAAAGAAUUGCAAGCUGAAGGCAAAGAUCCAAGUAAACAUGAUUUUAAGCCGGAGUGGAUCGAGUUCUGGAACAAACGAAUGCGUGAAAUUCAUAACGAACAGUUACAACAGCGAAAAGAAGAAAUCAGGAAACGAUUAGAAUUGCCGGAAGAUAAACCACCAGAAAAAUGGAUUCCGUCAAAUAGGCGUGAUAGAUCGCCCAAGAGAAGUCGCCAUCGUGUAGAAAGCGAUGAUGAGGUGGAAUAUGUUGGUACAAAAACAAUUAAGACGGAUUAUUAUGAUCGUCAUGAUAUGAGGGAACGUGAUUAUGCGUAUUCUUCGUACAUGCGUGGAAGAGGAAGUAUGUACAGAAGUAGUUAUUAUCCUCGGGGUAUUCCGCCUCGCACAAGAUCGAUACAUUACGCGACACCAUACCCGGUAAAAGAUAAGUCACCGAGUCCUAUACCAGAUGAAGUAUUGAGUGAAGACUUAGAAGUUGUUGGUUUACUGCGAUUACUUACGGCACUGGAGGGUCAAUUAGGCUCUCUUGGUCCGAAAAUAGUAUCCCUCCUUUCAAAAGCAUUAGCAGCAGAAAAGGCGAAACCUAAUUCUGCCGAAGAGUUAUUAUACGAUGAAGAAGUGAGUGUACUGUUUGAAACGGUUAAGGAAAAGUUAAAAGGUCAGUUAUUUGCGGGCAUGAUAGAAAAAAUGGCUAUAACGCCAACGAAAUCCGCGAUACAAAAUAUUGCUCAAUUGCUGCAUAAGGCAGCGGAGAACAAAAAGAAAAUGGAAGAGGAGAAAAAGAAGAAGCGGGAAUUGGAAGCUGCGAGGUCGACGAGUUACAUACCUAGAACGGUGUAUCCGAGGCCAGUCGAGAUAAUUACACCUGCAAUUAAAUCCGAACCCGUUAGUGUACCUGGUGUUGGUACAGUAGACAAAGUCGCCAUAGCUCAACAAAUAGCAGCUGCUUUAGUAGCACAAGGUAGAUCUAAUGUAUCGCAAGAAGAAUUAGAAACUCUAAUUAAUGCCGUUGUUGGAAUGGCCGAGGCAUCUAAAAACUCGGAUAAGCCAGUAACAACUGCGGAUUUUGUUAAAGGGCUAUCAAGUGGCAAUAAUUCCCUUCCUCAGGCUACAACGCCUGCACCCGCGACUUCGACAAUAGUAGAUACAGUUGAACGCCAAACUUCUAGAAUGGAGAGUUUGUCAGAUACAGACUUGAAGUCACUUUUACAAAAUUUCAAAGACUUAAGUACUCAGGAACAACAUGGACUUAUUAAUUUCUUAAAGAAGUUAGAGAUAACUGAUCCAGUUCGAGUAGAAAAAUUAAGAGCAUUUGUCAAUUUGGGCACGACGUCAAUAGCGACGUCAACACCCAAAAUCAAGUCUCCAACACCAGAAAAAAUGGAAACUAUUACCAAGUCAAAUAGAAGUAUUUCACCGUUCUCCGGGCGCAAGGGAAAUCAAAAUCUUGUAGAGGAGGAAGAUAAAUGGAAACCUAAGAUAGAUAUGUUUGCAAAUGAUGACGAAGAGGAACAGACAAAGAAUGACAAUGAGGAGAAACAGAAAACGAAAUUAGAUCUAUCGGAUGACGAUGACGAUUAUACGUUUGAAGAUAUAUAUAAAGCAGCAGACAAAAAUGUCAACGAAAAUGAGAAAGCGAAGAAGAAAUCACGAGCAUUUUCGAAAUCGAUGUCAAAUUCACCGAGAUCAUGGACGCGCUCUCAUUCUCGUUCGAGAUCGCGCUCUCCCGUACGAUCAAAAGAACUGACGAAAACUAAUGAUCCAAAUGCGAUUUUAAACGAGACCAAACGAUUAAUAGCUAAUAUAAUGGGCGAUCUUCCAAAUAAAUACGUGCCAAAAUCGCAUUUGCAGCUUGGAAAUGAAAGUACUGAUCAAAAUAUGACAAAAUCAGUAGACCCAAUGACUAAUACGUCAACAGCUUCAGUGUCGAACUUUUAUAAUCAAGAUUAUGUUCAAAAUAAUCAAUCUUGCUCCCGUCCACAAGGACCUCCUUUAAGUUAUCCAAAUAUGUCCAAUCAACAGUUUUCAAAUUAUCCUCAACAAGUUUAUAGUGGUAAUCAGGGUUACAUGGACAAUAGUUAUAAUUACCAAGGUUACGGUGGUCUAGGAAAUCAGGGUCAAUACAGUGGACCGUCCAUGACAUCGAAUCAAUAUCCGACUCAACAAAAUUACGAUGGAUCAGCUUAUGCUGGACCACCCACAGGUCAUUCUUCUAGUUAUUCACAGCAACAACCACAGCAAUAUGGAAAUUACGUGCAACAACAGCGUUUCUAUUAA